AUGAACUCCUUCGCCUUAAGCGUCCUCCUCGCUCUCGCGCCCUUCCUCCUCCCCUUCUCCGCGCUUGCGCAAACAUCCGAUGCCUUCCCCACCAUCAACCUAGGCUACGCCCGCCACGCAGCGACCUACACCAACCUCACCUCCGCCAACCUCACCUACGGCACCUAUGCCAACAUCCGCUUCGCGCAACCUCCCAUUGGACCCCUUCGCUUCCGCGCGCCGGUGACCCCUCCCCCAAUCAGCGCCGAAGUGCAAACCGGCCUCGUGCCAAUCAACAGCACAAACUGCCUGCAAGCCAUCCCCUCGUACUUCCCAGCACCGCUCCCCAUCAACGGCACAUCCUGGGGCAGCGAAGACUGCUUGUUCCUCGACGUAAUCGUGCCUGCGGGCCUGAACGCGUCGUCGCCCGCCCCGGUCUUGCACUGGCUGUACGGCGGCGGCUUCUUCUACGGUGCAAAGGACUGGAGCGGCAAUCCAGCGGCGCUGCUCGCGACCGCUGAUGCCGCGACAGAGCCGUUCAUCAUCGUGGCCAGCAAUUAUCGGCUCGGGGCGCUGGGCUGGAUGAGCAGCGAGACGGAGCCGGAGCUGGGCGUUAACAUAGGCCUGUAUGAUGCGCAGGCGGCGUUACAGUGGACGAGGCAGUAUAUCGGCUUGUUUGGUGGGGAUCCGGAGCGCGUGACGGUCAUGGGCCAGAGUGCCGGUGCGGGAAUUGUCGAGCAUCUGCUCGCGGCUGGAGUAGGAGGACAACAGGGCGGGUUGUUUCAGCAGGCUGUGCUGAGCAGUCCUGGGUAUCGGCCGCAUGUUAAUCGAAGUCUGGAGAUGACGGAGAUCUACAAGAUGUUUUUGAACGCGACGGGCUGUGCGGAUGUGGAGUGUUUGCGCGGCCUGAGUGAGGAGGACCUCGCGGCGGGAAAUGCUUAUUUGCUGAUGGACACGCAGCCAGAGGGGUGGAUAGGCCCCAGUAUAAGCUUCGGGCCAGUGAUUGAUCGACAACUGGUGAAGAGCCUACCGGACUGGGUGCUCAACGAGACGGAUGUGGGUGCCGGCGGAGUCAGGAGAAUCAUUGCUGGCGGCAUGAAGAACGACGGCGUUGCGUCCAUAGUCGCCCAUCCCACAUCUUGGACCGAGCUGCUGGACAUAUUCGCGAGGACGCCCACCAACUCGACACUCGAGGCCCUCGAGGAGAUGUACGGCACGUACAUGAACCAGACGAGUUUCACACCGGACGGCGACAUUACGCCCACCCCCUUCGACGAGGCCUGCGGAGAACUCAUCUACACGUGCCACUCGUACUUCCCAGCCAAGACGUUCUCCAAUAACAGCGGCGGCAGUCAUACCGCUCGCUUACGCCGCAGGCAAACCUGGCAGUCCGAACAGACGCGGAGCUAUCGCUAUGAGAUGUCCAUCUUGCCGGCCCUGCACGGCCAGGAUCUGAGCUACUACUUCUACGACGACGUGGUGGCGGCGGCUGAUCCGACGGUCAACGCAAGCGUCGCAGCGACGCUGCAGAGCUAUCUGCGGAGCUUCAUCUUGGGACACGAGCUGGACGGUUGGCCGGAGUAUAGUUCUGAGGGGUUGGAGAGACCCAGCUGGGUGAACAUCACGGCCAGCGGGUUCGAGCCGGUCGUGGGUGAGGAUGAGGCGGUGACCGCUGAGAGGUGUCAGCGGCUCAUAGAGCUGUUCGGAAAUGGGGACGAUGGUUGGUGA